CCAUAAAUAUUUUCUUUUCAAUAUUUUUUUUUUUAGAAAUAAUAUGAAUCUUCUGAAGGCGAAUCUCAGGAGCCAUACAUAAAAUUGGUGGCUUUCAGUGAGACCCUCCAUAUUUUCUAACUUCAUAAAAAUCCCUUGCUAUAUUGUAGAAUAUUGAAGCUCUUUGUGUUAUUUGAUAUUCUCUUUCAGACACAAAAAGUCGUAAUCUUUAUCAUGGUCUAAACAUGUUGAUGGUUUGUGCACCGGUGGCCAAUACAAAGUGUUUGACAUACCCAGAUUCUAAUACACUACAUGAGGCAUUUCCCUCUAAGAGUACCCAUGUAAAUUCCUUGAGUUAUGUUUCAUUAACACCCAAGCUAUAUAGUACUCCUUGUAAUUGUACACUUCAUUGUUCCUUAUUUUCUUGGAAAGGGUGUAAUCAUCUGAACACCCAUCAUUUUUCUCACCUCGUGGCUUCAAAGAAAUGGCGGUGCCGGUUGGAUGAUUCAGUUCCAUCCGAUGAGGAGUAUCGUUCAUCACGCAACAUAGCAAUCAGUUUGUUGAGACGGUACAGGAAUGUGGUUGACCGUGGAGGAGGUGACAACCUAAAAGAGUUUAUUAGUGCUGGGGUGAAUGCUUAUGCACUAGGCUGCACUGAUGAAAGCUUAAGGAAAGAACUCGCUGAUAUGAAAGAAUCCGGCGUUGAAAUUGAGGCAAUGCAAAGUUAUGGCGGAAACACGAGUUUGAAGUCCAAGAUUUCAUCAGAGGAGGUUGAUGAGUGCAUUUUGUGGUUGAGCAUCAUAUUCAUCACCAUAUUGUGUACCCCGCAACCGACUGUAGUUAGGUGGUCGUCAACUCCGCCAGUGUCGGAUGAAGUAAGGCUUCAGUGGAAGGGCUUUUGUGCUCUCAUUGCAAAUGCAUAUUACGUGCGAGGAAUGGCAUGGCUUCCUGUGAAGACUCUUCAACUAGAGCAAAUGGCAGUAGUGGGACGAGCUGAGGAGCCAUCAGUUGUUGCUAGUCGAAUGCAAUUAGUGUUUAGCACGCUUGAGGUAGUGAGUCCACAGUGGCCAAGAGUAUAGCACUUUCACACUUUUCCAAGUGCAGCUCAAUCUUCUCCAUCUUAAGGCUGAAGGAAAAAAAAAAAAAAAAAAAAAAAAAAAAAAAAAAGGGGGAAAAAAAACAGCAGGGGAUGUGCUUCCACAUUUGAGAAUUUUCAUGUGAAGACCAAAUAAGCCAUGUAACGUAGCAGUUAUCCAUAUGAUUUAAAGUUAUUGGCUAUUUAUAAAUCUCACUAGUAAAAGGGCAGAAAAAUGUUUAUAUCAUUAGCGAUACAAGUGCUGUUACACCUCUCUUCUUUUUACUGUCCAACUACAGUAAUAACAAUAAAUAUUUAAAAGGUCAAAAUUGGAUUGAAUGUA